UAUGUAUGUAAAGACGCGACUGCUUGCAUCAACCGUCGAUGAACAAAGGAACGAGGAGACGCAGAAUGUCGCAUGAAGUGUGAAGCCGGGUUAGUCACCCACGUGGGGUCAUUGGCCAAGGCUCACACCAAGGGUGCACUUGGCUGGACAUUGACAACACGUCAUCUUGAAUAUCAGAUAAUUUUGCAAGAGGAAUUGCUUUGUAACUUCCCAUCUCUCACACCUAUAUAUCCUUUGGAAUACAAUGAAGGCUACAAAAAAGGCUGCUGAGCUGGGCCGGCGGCAUCCGCUUCAGCGAUUGGAAGCUCCAUCGAAGGGAUUCUCGGGUGCCUUGCAUGCUGUUGGCCUCAUCAGCUUCUACAGCUCGUUCAAAUUCUUGCACGAUAACCCGAAUCAAUUUAACUCCUCAUACGGCUGGCACCUCCAACUCCUAACCAUAAUCGGCAUAUCCAUCUCAACCCUCUGCUUCGUCUUCGGCCUCCUCGCCGACAUCACCUCUUCCUCCACGGCCUCAACAUCACCCACCAACGCCACUGCGUCAUCACCCCAAACCCUCUCUGACUAUUUCUUCGCCGCCAAAAACUACCUCUCCCUCGUAGCCGCCCCAAUCGAGAUCGUAAUCAGCAUCUUGUACUGGGGUCUCCGGCUCAUCGACACUGGCCUUGUCAUUCCGCCAGACCUACCCCUUCCUCCGUUCGGCGCGGAUUUGUGCUUCCACUUGGUACCCGCGGUGGUAUUGACCAUCGAUGCGAUCUUGCUAUCUCCGCCAUGGCCCAGUAGUCCGAUGAAUCCGCAGGCACCGUUGUUGACUCUGGGAGUCAGUAUAGGCGUCGCCUUCGCAUAUUGGUGGUGGAUUGAGAUCUGCUACUCGCACAACGGAUACUACCCGUAUCCGAUCUUCGAAUUGCUGACUACGUAUCAGCGUGUUGGUCUAUUUACCGUCAGUGGAGCGACGAUGUGGGUCGCUGGUGGUGCUUUGCGAGCACUGUAUGCGUAUGUCAAUGGCUACGAGCUGACGGAAGCUCUGGAGAAGUCGCAUAGAGCGCGCAAGAUGGUAUCAGAAGGCAAAUGGGAGUAGGACAACUUGUGGCUGCGUACGAGCAUUCAACAGCGACAUGUGUGAAGAAGACAUACUGAACGCAGGACAAAUAUUUCGAAGAAAUCUAUUGAACCAUAUAUAACGAAG